UCUAGGAACUGUGUAAUGAUUCUGUGCACCCACUCCCCUUCCUCCCGUAAAGUGAAACUGGAGGGUUUUCCUCUAGCGCGCGCUCACAGGGUGGACACACAUGGCUCGUGUUGUUGUUACUCCUGCGAUCCACGUGAGCACGAAGCGGCGCUUCCUACUGGCUUGCGUGGGAGAAGAGAAAAAGAGGCUGUGUGGAGACCUUGCACAGUGAAGCCGAGGUACGGGAAAGUGAAGACACCCAGCCCUGGUUGUCACCCACAGGAAGACUUCAGCGUUUUUACGCGGACUGAAGGAGAGGAAUCCCUCCCCAUGCCCGAGGGUCGCGUGUUUCCUGUGUGGCGUGGGAUCGGGGCCAGUAGUGGCACUGGGUGGAGCCAGGGCUGGGCGCGCUGCUUGAGAUGGGACCCGAACAGAACAGACUUAGCGGCCAGAAUCCCGGUGUUUGACUACCCCGUGUGGCUCGUCCUCUGCCGUGGGGGGCGAGCCAGGCUCAGGGAAGUUUGUCAAAGAGGGAGGGGUGCCAUCAGGCUUCCCGCAGACAUGCUUAGCUUCAAACUUCCUCAGCUCUUUGACAUCCACCAAGUCCCCAAGGUGUUCAGGGAGGACAGCAUCAUCUCUGGAUACCGUCACCCAAGGAGCUCAGCACUGGACUGUAUCCUCAGCAGCUUCCAAAUGAACAACGAGACGAUCAACAUCUGGACCCACUUCCUCCCAACAUGGUACUUUCUGUGGCGUUUCUGCGUUCUCUGCUCUACCCUGAACUUCCUGACUGACAGCUACACCUGGCCCCUGCUGGUGUACAUGAUGCUCAUCUGCGUUUACCCCUUCACAUCCAGCUGUGCACACACCUUCAGCACCAUGUCCGCAGAGUCCCGCCACAUCUGCUACUUCUUUGACUACGGAGCUCUCAGCCUUUACAGCUUAGGAUGUGCCAUAAGCUACGGAUACUACGUCAUGCCAGAGUGUUGGGUGAACACUUGGCUUCAUCAGCAUUUUGUUCCCAUUGCCAUCGGAAACACGGUGUUCUGUACCAGCCUGUCCUGCUAUUCCAGGUUCCUGGAGUUGCAGUUCCCAAAGAGAAGUAAAGCCCUUCGGACCAUAGCAUUUGUCGUCCCGUUUAUUUUUGACACUGUCCCUCUGAUUUACAGGAUUCUCCUGUGCUGCGGUGGAAGCUGCAGUCCAACCGGCGCCUUGUCCAAUCACUGUUACCACCUCCUCUUCGCCUUCCUCACUUGUUUUCUGUUUACCGCCCACCUCCCGGAGAGGCUGGCCCCGGGGUGCUUCGACUACUUCGGCCACAGCCACCAGCUCUUCCACGUCAGCGCUGUGGUGGGGUCCCACUUCCAGAUGGAGGGUGUGAUCGCAGACAUGACAUCACGGAGGACGUGGCUCCUGAACCACGGAAUGAUGCCAUCUUUCCUUGGGACCAUCGGGGCACUCACCAUCAGCCUCGUCAUCAACCUCGGAAUAAUCGGCAUUUUCAGCGCCCCGCUGCUCUGGAAACCGUGCCGCAGCCCCAACCAGCCACACUCAUCCACCUGCGGGUGCAAGGAGCAGUGAGGGCGGGGUGUUUCCCGCCUCAAAAAAGCUGAUUCGCUUUCCAAAGGAAAGGUUCGGCUGUUUGUCUGUCUCAGCAACUACAGUUCACAGUAGUGCUUGUUUAACACCUUUAGUUUCUCACUUUAUAUUCCAUGUCCUGGCAGCGUUGCACGUCUGACGUGUUCGUGUGUUUACACAGAAGCUGAGGACCCAGACACGGUUAUCAAAGCCUUUUUCUGGUGUUAAUGGAAGUGAGGCUGAAAACACAUCUACGAAUGAUUGUUUGUUUUUAUGCUUCUCAUUGCUGAUUUAUAUGAAAAAGGCUCUGGGUUGAAGGAAGCAAACUGUGGUAACACGACACCUAAGUGCCUGUUUGCAGUGGAUCACUAUAGGCUUCAAACUGGAAACAUGUCACACUUUGCAGGGAUUCUUUUCUAAUUAACAGCGUCAGAAACUCUGUUUCCGUUAUUCAGUGAUUAUUGAAAUAUUCUCUGUAACUGGACACAUUGGUCAGUGAAGUUGUCCUGUGCGUUAAAGCAACAUGGACAACACAUGUUCACCUCUUCAUAACGCAAUGUAGACUGGAUUGCUGGCUCUUAUAUAUCCACCUAUUGAUUCCACUCUGACUGGCAUUGAUUUGCAGACCAGUGUGGUUCUCUUUCUGAUUGCCUGCCUUUAUUAUGAACCCUACAAUCUGCCACAGGUUACAGUGCUGCGGUGAUUAAAAGACAGGUACCAUUUUUAUAACCAUUUGGUGUUCCCAUGGCAACACUAUAGUGGCCUCAUGCCCCCUGAAGGUCUUCAACAAUUUUAUGUUCUGAGCAAAUGGCACCAUUUUACCUUUCCAUCACGUCUCAUAAGAUCCACUCUGAACUAUCAGGUAAAGGGGGGGGGGAGCACUUAAAAUUACAAGCAAAAAAUAAAUACAUAAAUAAAAACAGUUUGUAAUAUUUCGAGUCUGGAGAAAUUUCCAACAUGUGUGGUUUAUAAUAACUACUGGUUGAAUUGAGAGAAAUGGAGAGAGGAGAGAUGUAUAGUUAGCUAGCCAUAGCCUGGGAUGAUAUUAAUGUGGGAGCUUUGUGUUGUUGCAGUAUCUGGUGCACUUUGCAAACUAUUAACCUUUCCUAUACCUUGGGUAUCUUGUGACUAUUUACCACUCUUCUAUUUAUAGAAUAUUUAUUGCUUGUUGUAGCUGCAUUAAUGGAAAUGAAGACAGUUUAUUUUUUUUGUAUCAGGUAGGUGAGCUAACAAUAACUCCUAAUAAAUGAGUGAUUUACACUGAAAAGAAGGCCCAUCUUAUCAAGUAGUUUUUGACCAUUAUUGAGCCUUAAAGGGACUCUAAACUGCACUUUACAGGACCAUCUAGAUUGGUUUUGUGUGAGCUUCCCAGUUUUGGAGAUAUCUGCUGAAAGGUUCUCUGCCUUGUCUUGAAAAACUGACUUCAUAUUUGCCUCGUUGUGCUCAGAAACAACUCUGCUGUAAUUGUCUCUUUCUAGAAAUCACGUCCCUGCAAAAAGUUUCACACAGGAACUAUUUUCUUUCUGCUAUUUUCUACAUCUGGUGCUCGGUAACAGAGCUCAGCUGAGGGGCGAAAAGGUCGGUGUUUAUACAAUAGCACAAACACACACUUCCCGACAUGGGUGUAGCUUGUAGCUGAAAGAAAGUAGUUCUUACUGUCCUGUAAAACUGGCCACGGCCGUUAUUACUGACUAAAAUGAAAAAAAAAGAACAUUUAUUUAACGUCAUUUAAGCAAUAUUUUGUGAUUACAAAACUAAAAAGUUUCUAAUUUUAGUCUUUAACAGUGAAAUUUGUCACAGGUAUUUGAGUCUGUGGUGUCGACAUGAGUGUGAGACAGCUGUCUUCAGUGUUGUUUGCAACAAAAACCAACUAAAGCCAAACUGAAAGGAGAAGAUCAUCUCAGAAAUUUAACUGAAAUUGAAAUGAAGUGAAAUUUAAAACUAUAAUUUCUCUAUUUAUUUGGUUAUGAUUUGUAGAAAGAGACAGCGCUGCUCGGUUUUCAAAGUAUAUUUUUUGUGUAAUUCAAGCACAAAGCGGUGAAUGCCAUUUGGUUCCAACAGAUUUAAGAGAAGCUAAUAUCUCCAAAACUGGGCCUGACAAAUGCAAGUAAAUUGUAUUGCAGCCCAUUUUUUUACUUUUGUUCCCAAAUAAUUUUUAGCCUUUUUGACAAAACUCUGUAAAAUUAUAAGUCGAGAAAAGAAAAAAAGAAAAGAAAAAAAAAGAAAUGAGCUGCAACUCUUGUUAUUGUUUUAAAAAAAGGCUAUCUUGGAUCUUUCUCACUUGUUUUAAGAGAAACUUUUACUCCCAAUAAUGCACAAAAAAAACUUGAUAAGAUCCAUUAAUCAGACAAUUCAUUAAUCAGCAUAUAAGGUCGCAUAAUACUGUUAUAUAAUACAGGAUUGAAGCUGAGGAAGCUGGGUCUUACGUUACUAAACAUCUCAGUUGUAGCACUGAUGCUCGUCGUGCUUGUACUGUAUUAAACCCAUUGUUGAGCAUUUUUAUGGGACAGAUUUACACCUAAUUUCAUCGCCGUUUACACACGCAUCUUUUAACACUCGUGGUGGAGAGGUUGAUCAGAGGGGAAAUGUAUGUGAUAUUAUAGGACUGAGGUGUGUUACAGGUCCAUGUCGGACGCUGAAGUAGAAAUGUCGGAGGCGAGUGUGUAGAAUCACAAAGCACACACACACACAUUUAUAUUAGAGCACUUGCUGUGUUCGAGGUCAGUGUGCAGAGUAUAAAGUCACAUCUUCUUUUCCGUGGUAGACGCUGCCAUCAGUGUUCCCUUGUUUUAUCUCCUCCCCUGCCGGGCAUGGAUCGAUUUUAUUUUCUCUACAGUCGUCAUCUUACAGCAUUCCUCUGUUUGACCCUCUUGAUUCUUGGACUUGCAUCAUUACCGACUUAAUGUGAUUCUACUAGACUUUUUCUGGAAGCCUUUAUUUCUGAGCUGGUGUUCGUCUGGUGGGAAUUUUCGUGUCAUCUUACUCAUUCGCAGCUGUUUGCAGACGUUCCAGAGUUCUAAAGCUCAGUCAUGCUGAGGGGUCGAGGCUUCCACGUCAUCGAUUUUUGUUUUCAAUCUGCACUUAUUUGACCAACAUAUCAAAUCCGACUGUUAAGUUCCAAGUCAAUGAUUUCUCCAAACCAGAUCACGGUUACCCUGAGGGCGAUAACAGCCGGAAAAGUGAGCACUUGUGGCAUUUUCUAAACACUUUAUGGAUGGAUGCUGAGUGAUGUGAAGCGCAAAGACAAGAGCAGGAGGAACCAUUGAAUUAAAAAAAAAAAAAAGAGGGGCAAAGUUAUUGGUGCCUUUUUUAAUGUUUUAUACAAGUUUUUCUUUUGAUACAAAACACACAAACUACUCUUGAAAUGUAUAAAUACUUAUUUGUUCUUUGCCGUGUAUAAUUUGUAAUUUGCUGCUUUGUUCUACUAGAUUUGUGUAAUAAAUGAAACCUUUUAUAAAUGGAAUUAUUGUAUGGGAUGAUAUCAAAAAGCAAACUUUCUUUUUUGUUUGUUUGUUUUUUAAAUAAUUUGAUUUCACUUAAUGUAACGGUGGAAACGGUACACAAAAGGACUUCCCACAUUACCAAC